AUGGAGCUGAGGGUGCUCAUCCCCACAGCAUGCGUCCUCGGGCUUCUGCUUAUAGUAACACUAGCACUGGUUAUAGCGUUAGUAGUUAGAACGCAUAAGCGGAAAAGGAAAGUAAGAGACUGGCAACAGCACGGUAUCGUGGAGGAUAAUGUCUCGUUUUCAUGGUCAGAACAUGGUCCCUCCAGAGGGGUCUCGGUCCGAGAAGGGAAACUAGUUCGAAAUCAUAGUCGCAAGAAGACGAAGGAAGGGACGCGAACGACGGUGGAACAGGUUCGAGACGAUAAUGACAACUACCCGGUGAAGCAAGGCAUGGGGACCUUGGAUUUCAUGAACUCGAUAUCCAAUAUCACUGGUCGCAUAAGCCCCGGGAUAGGAAGAGCUUUAUCCAUAGGGUCGCAUAAGGCCUCGACUAUGAGCUCCGAGAAGAGCAGACAGCUGUCGCCUUUACCUGCCACAGAUGAAGAAAGCCAGAUAAGUAACUCGCAUAUUGCCGACAUGCAGAAGAGGCCGUCGAGUUCAAGCAGGAAGAAGAGCUCCCACUCGCGCUCCUCUAGUAGGAGCAACCUCCGUGAGUCCCCAAUACCAGAGGAUAUGACUAUGAAUUGUCGAGAGAGUAUCUUACUUCCAUCACCUCCUUCGUCAGUACACAUCCUUACACCAACAUAUUCUCGACACUCUCGACAGUCUCAAUCAAACUCGAGUUUCACAUUCACCCCUGUGACGCCACGUGCGUCUAUAAGUUUAUUUCCUUUGUCUGCUCCUCCGGGUCAACAUCGACGCCCUUCUAUAGCUGCACAGCCAGCUACUACAACAUUGCCAGGCCAUAAUUUUUCUAAUCAUAUGCAUUCGGCAAGGCGGCCUUCGUUCUUGCAAAACUCAUAUACUUUUGAUCAUUUACCAACAUCUCCUUCGACCUCAGCUUUUGAUACUAAUCAGCCUGCCUUGGCAGAGUAUUCCGACGGGCUAGAACAUCGUCCUGGUAGCCGACCUAAAAUAGCACAGAUUCGGAUACCUGACUGUAAAUCUGCCUCACCGCGCGCUCCUCUCUCUGCCGCGCAUUCUUCCGAUCCAGAGUCUCCACAGCACAUACCGGACCACCAUGACCAGGUUAACAACUUUGAGAACUGGACUUUUGGUGGCGGAGGUUUCCAGGGGAAUUCUCAGAAUAACCAUAUUGAGGACGGCAAUUUCCCAACACCUUACAACGACGUUCCGCGCCCCCAAUACACAAGGGCGCCGUCAUCAGCUGUUGGGAAUCCAGGUAUUCCGCAGCCUAGGAAAGAAUCAAUUACAUCAUAUGCCCAGAUGAGAAGAGAAUCCAUUAGAAGAGAUUCAUUCGGUGGAGCCCUCCCCUUCCGUCGUGAAUCCCACGGACCAUCAAUGCUUCGGAGAGACUCGACAGCAAGUUUCCUCGGAAGCCCUCCAAAAUUUGCAACCGGACCUCGUGUGUACCAUCAGCAUCUUUCACCAAAUAUACAACCACAGCAUCGCGAUAGCAUAUACCGUACUUACAGCGACCGUUCCUUGCUUAGUCAUGAGGCACAAUCAUCCAACGAACACCAGACAUAUCAUAUGAACCUCUAUCCUUCCAUUAAUGAGUCAAAAACAUCGAUCGUUAGCAUUUCGAGCACAGGCAGUGCCGCAUCCGAUAGUUUCACUGGCAAUGGAGGUCUUAGUCCGCCGCCGUUGCAAAAGAACUCUUUUGAAGGCACGCGGUCCGAAGGAGAAGGAGCAUACAUAUUGACGGCAGCAAGCACGAAGCUACAACAGAUCCGACCGCCUGUUACUCCUCCGCGCCAUGCGCAUGGGACACCUUUUGGUGGAACAGAUAAUCAAACUUACUACGAGUCCAGCCCGCCUUCUAGACGUCUAGUAAAGGAUUUUGUACCUGAAACGGUCGCCGAGAUCAAUGAGAAUCUUGCUACCAGCCCAACAUCGACGAUCACAACUGCGACUCUAAAUGAGGAUAGCAUUGAGGGGAUGAGCCCCGAUCGAAUAAUCAAUGGUGGAACUAGUUUGCAGCGCCAGUAG